CUCUAACAAAAUGAAGUGCAGCAUCACUGUUCUCCUUGGCACGGCGUUGGCCGGCCUUGGCGCGGCUUGCUCCACACCGGGCAACUUUAUCAUUACCUUCUACGGCUACCCAGACAAUGACCCUCCCGGACCCGGUACCGCCCACAAUUGUGGAGGCCGGAACUACGUGGCUGGAGGCUCCGGCACCUACAAUGACCCCGUCACAAUUGCCACUGCUCCUGGCGAGCUCAACGUCUGCGAGAUUGUCUAUCUUCCGCUGCUCGCUAAGUACGGUCGUUACGAGGACAAUUGUGCCCAGUGUACCGUCGACUAUACGAACGGCACACCUCACAUUGACAUCUGGACCGGCUCAUCUACCACCAGCGGCGGCCAGAACCAGAUCAAUUGUGAAAACAACCUCACCCUAGGCGGCCGCUAUUCUAUCGUGCGUAACCCACCGACCAAUUACGGCGUCAACACUGCUUCUUUGUUUGUGCCCCCUAGCACCUGCAAUACGCAGAACGUCUACCCAACCAACCCGGCCCAUUGCUAGACGACCGAUGACAUAGACCGUACGUGGUAUGAAGAACAUAGCCUUUAUAAAUAUACAAUGGAAUUUAGGUGUCGCAUGCUCUCAUGGUAGAUGAUCAUGAAGCGCAAUGUUCUAGAGACCGUCUU